AUGCGCGAUGGCCGUGCGAGGAAAUUCUGUUUUUCCGCCCCCUUCCCUCUCGCCUCGAUAGCGCGUCUCCUGCCCGGAAGAGACAGCGAUAGGGACAAGCCGGCGGCAUCGUACACAGCGGGGGAGGUGCCUAGGCUGCGCCCGGCCUGACGGAAGACGACGACGACUUUCCUGUCGGCCCCUUGAGGCCUUGAUUGAUUCCGAAGGCGGCGAAGCGUGCGAAGAAGAAAGAGGAGGAGGAGAAGGAGAAGGCGCGUGCCGCGUGGGGGAGCAGGAGGACCGACCGAGUGGGUUGCAAGAUUGUCCGCCGUCUCUUUUCUUCCGUGCUUCUUCGUCCCGUCGUCUGGGAUCAUUUGGAUUUGAGAAAGAGAGGUGUUGUUGCUACGUUGCCACGGCUGAGGUUGGAAUGGUGCCGACCCUUGGACGCAAGCCAACCAAGGAGCUUUGAGGUCGAAUCAUUUCCAAGGAACGGGGGAUUGGUUUUUCUGGUGCAGGCCCCAUAGGUCGUCGUUUGAAGCAUGGAAAAUCCAAAUGUUUCGACGUCAUCUACCUCGAGUUAGAACAGCAUUCAACGCCCACAUAGCGCAGACACAGCCAAGAAGACGCAAGCAGCAGCAGCCGCAGCGGAGGACACAAGAGGCUGAGGAAAGCUGGAGGAGCGGAGGUGAGGUGAGGCGGCCCAAUGGAGGUGCAAAUGGCGGCCGCGCACCUGUCUCAGCAGCAGCAGCAACAGCAGCAGAAGGCGGCGAACCAGCUGGCCCGCACCUUCACCCGGCUGCUGCGCCGGAAGCGCGCCGACGCGGCGGCGGCGAGGGCGGAGGCGGCGCCGGCGUGUGUCGCCGGGGACGACGACUACGAGAGGUCCAUGGACGACGCGCCCACCACCAUUCCGUCGCUGAGCAAGCUCAAGUUGUCGGGGAACCUGGCCGCGGCCUAUUCCCUGGACGCCUUCUUCCGGAACGCUGCGGAGAAGAAGGGCGCCGUGGGCCAGCAGCAGCACCACGCGUCGCCCGCGCCUGACGCCGCCGCGGACUCCCUCCUCGCGAGCCUAUUCGCCGGCGUCUCCGCGGUGAAGGCGGCGUACGCGCAGCUGCAGCUCGCGCAGUUCCCCUACGACGCGGAGGCGAUCCAGUCCGCCGACGCCGCCGUGGUGUCCGAGCUCACCAGGCUCUCCGACACCAAGCGGCGGUUCCUCAAGGACCCCGUCGCCGCGGCCAGGGACGCCGCCGCCUCCGGGAACACGCCCCUCUCGGCUCACGCCGAGGAGCAGCGGCACCUCCUCAAGACGUACCAGAUCACGGCCCGCAAGCUGGAGUCGGAGUUCCGCGCUAGGGACGCCGACCUCGAGCGCGCCAGGGGAUCCCUCGCCGCCGAGCUCCGCGCCGAGCGCGCCAUGGAGGUUCGCCUCCACCCGGGCCGCACCCUCGCCUCCCUCGACGAGCUCCACGUCUCCGGCCUCAACCCGACCCACUUCCUCACCGCCCUGCGCCACGCCGUGAAAUCGAUCCGCUCCUUCUCCAAGUCGAUGCUCACCUCGAUGCAGGCGGCCGGGUGGGAUCUCACGGCCGCGGCCGCCGCCGUGCAUCCGGGCGUGCCGCUGCGCCGGGCCGGGGACGCCAAGUUCGUCUUCGAGUCCUACGUCGCCAUGAAGAUGUUCGCCAAUUUCCACCGGCGGGACUUCAACUUCAGCUUCCUGGACGAGCGGGAGUUCUACGAGCGGCGCCGGUUCUUCGAGGAGUUCACGGAGCUCAAGGCCGCGCCGGCCGGGGUCUUCCUCGACGCGCGGAACGCCCGGUGGGGCGGGUUCGGCAAGUUCCUGCGCGCCAAGUACCUGUCGCUCGUGCACGCGAGGAUGGAGACGGCGUUCUUCGGGAGACAGGAGCAGCGGGGCAUCGUCAGCGCCGGGCCAGGGUUCCCGGAGAGCGCCUGGUUCGCCGAGUUCGCGGAGAUGGCGCGCCGCGUGUGGCUGCUGCAUUGCCUCUUCUUCGCCUUCGACGGCGGCGACGAGGAGGACGGGGCGUCCAUCUUCCAGGUGCGCACCGGGGCGAGGUUCGCGGAGGUGUACAUGGAGAGCGUCAAUGACGGGCGGACGGAGGACGCCUUCUCUGCCGCUGCCGCCGCCGAGGAUCGCGCCGUCGGGUUCACGGUAGUGCCGGGGUUCAGAGUGGGACGGACGGUGAUCCAAUGCCGCGUCUACCUCUCGCCGCGGCCGGGACGACGGCCGUGACGGGUGUAGCAAUAGCAGAGAAACCGUCGCGUUUCCGGUGUCCGGCGGACGAUGGGGGAGGAAGAAUCCCCAUUUUGGGGCGGCCGUCGAGUUCUCUCUCGCCGGUUGCCGGCCGGGUCUGCUUACCAUGAUGAUUCAUGGCGGUGCGGUGGGGUGGGGGGUUAUGUAUCUAUUAAGGGAUGUAGGGAUGUGAUCAUGAAUAUAAGUGGCAUUUCCAGUUCUGAUCCAUGGUCGAUGAUGCAAUGUUCUUGCCCUGUUCUUGCUCUUGUCCGACAUUGGAUUCGAUGGAUGGUUUCUUGCAACUCCGCUGAUUCUGCAGGGGGCCAUGCGCUGCUUA